AUGCCGCAGCCACCUGGCCAGAUAGAUAUGCGGCUACAUAUUUGGCUGCUGACCCUCACCGGCCUCUUUGCCGCUUCGUCAUCCUUGGAGGCAUCACCACGUGAAGCAAUUGCGGACACAUCAGCCAGGAAUAAUCCGAAUCCAUCCCAUAGAGAACUGUCUAGCGAUGUGUCAAAUCGAGCAGUUGGAAGCGGUUAUGGGAAAAGAACCGCUGGUACAAGGGAGCCGGUGAAUCAAGCGAUUGAAGGUGAAGCAGACGUUGAUGCAUCUCAACGCGUCGGUCCGAAUGAAUUGAUAACCGGUUACGACAACGCUUUCAAUACCGCAGUGCUCGGACAACUGGAGAGGAGCAAACGACAGGAGUAUUGCAACGGAAGGUACUCGCAGACAGACAGAAAUGCUAUUCUACAGUACCACAAUGACAUGCGGUCGAAAAUCGCUCGAGGUCAAUACGUGGUCCGUGGUGUGGCAAAGUCGCCAGCUGUCAACAUGAGGCGAUUGUAUUACUCAUGCUUUCUGGAGAACAGUGCACAAGACGUUGCAAACAGGUGCACAUUUGCGCAUUCUAAUCGUGAUGGAAGGAACAUCGGAGAGAAUAUCUACAGGUUCAGAACCCCGCUUCGCGCGUCACCGAACCCUAUUCCAAUUGAAGGAACCGGUAGCAAUGCUUGCAAAGCUUGGGAAGUGGAAUUUGAGCAGUUUGGGUGGCCAACCAAUCUAUUCACAGAGUACAGUUUGCGAACCGGUGUCGGCCAUGCAACGCAGAUGGGUAUGGGCUUGGACAAGCGGAAUGCAUGA